AUGCAAUCAUUCACCUCCAUCCUCGCCGCCUCAGCUCUCGUUGCUGGCGUCUCCGCAUCUCCCAUCCAACUCGCAGCUCGAGCAACAUGCGGUAGCGCACCAGCAGGAAGCGGUAGCCAAACUCCUCUUUCGCAACCAACCGGCAUCACAACAGCCUCAGCCUGCCAAGCACAAUGCGAGGCCAACAAUUCUUGUUUGUCCUUCGUAUUCGGAAUGGUCAACAACGUUGAUCAAUGCAUGCUGUACUCCGUCGCAGCUGCCUCGGUCCCCAAGCAGUCGAGCACAAACCUCAUCGCCUACGACAAGGCGUGUACCAGCGUUCCAGCAGUUGUUCCUACUACUUCGAACCCCACUGGUGCCAACACCGGUAACACCGGUAACACCAAAGGCGGCAAUCACAAGAGACAAACCUGCGGAAGCGCACCAUCAGGAAGUGGCAGCCAAAGCCCCAUGUCCCAGCCAACUGGAAUUACCACGGCUGCCGCUUUUCCUUCCGUUGUCCCUACGACUUCGAAUCCUCAGGGACUCGCUACUGGUUCUUCUUCAGGAAGCACUGGAAGCACUGGAAAUACUGGAAACACUGGAAACACUGGAAACACCGGAAACACCGGCAACACCCCAGCCCAAGGCCAGCACAAGCGCGCCAACAUGUGUGGUGCGGCUCCCACUGGCCCAACCAACAACGCGAGCCCGAUCUCCACUCCAUCCAACAUCAACAGCGCAGCUGCCUGCAAAGUUAAAUGCCAGGCUGACUCUUCAUGCAAGUCUUUCGAGUUUGGAACCAUGACCUCAGGAGGCAGCCCAGUCUGCAAGCUGUUCUCGGUUGCUGCUGCAUCUGUCCCUGCUCCUACAAGCGGACAGAGCCUGGUUGUCUACGAUAUUGGGUGCUCUAUGUAG